GCACGCAACACGCAUACACACUCAACACGCACGCACACGCACCCACACAGACGCCCCCCACGCACAGGUACAGUCUUGUGAAAGUGAAAGUAAAGUCCGCCCGGACUCCAUUUUAGAUGUUCGACGGCAGCAGGAGGAGCAGGACGUCUGAGACAGAGAGCAGAGUCUCCAGCUCCCAGCUGUCUGUCCAUGAAGAGUGACUUCUCCAAAGAUGAUCCUCCAUACUUCAGUAAGGAACCUGGACCCUCAGACACACAACAGAGAGCAGAGUCUCCAGCUCCCAGCUGUCUGUCCAUGAAGAGUGACUUCUCCAUAGAUGAUCCUCCAUACUUCAGUAAGGAACCUGGACCCUCAGACACACAACAGAGAGCAGAGUCUCCAGCUCCCAGCUGUCUGUCCAUGAAGAGUGACUUCUCCAAAGAUGAUCCUCCAUACUUCAGUAAGGAACCUGGACCCUCAGACACACAACAGAGAGCAGAGUCUCCAGCUCCCAGCUGUCUGUCCAUGAAGAGUGACUUCUCCAAAGAUGAUCCUCCAUACUUCAGUAAGGAACCUGGACCCUCAGACACACAAAAUAAAACCAAGAGGACUUGUGUUACUUUGGUGGAGCAGCCGUCCUGCUGUGCUUUGUGUCAGGACGUCCUGAAGGAUCCAGUCUCUACCAUCUGUGGACACACACAGUGCAUCACCUCACACUGUGACCAAUCUGGUACAUCGGGAGACUCUUCUUGUCUCCAGUGUGGAAAAAGAUCCAGAACAAGAGCUGGACUACAGACAGCUGGUCAGACCAGCAGACUGCAGGAGGUUUUAGAUGAACACAAGAUCAGUCUGAAGAAGAGAUGUGAACGUGUGACUGAAGGAAUCGGUGAAACAGGAAGUGGAAACCUCCUCAACAGCAUCUACACGGAGCUCUACAUCACAGAGGGACAGAGUGAAGAGGUCAAUACCCAACACGAGGUGAGGCAGCUCGAGUCGGCUUCCAAGAAGAACACCCUCCAGGACACUCCCAUCAAGUGCCACGACAUCUUCAAAGCCUCAGCUGACCAGCGGACCAUCAGGGUGGUUCUGACCAACGGCGUCGCUGGCGUUGGAAAAACCUUCUCGGUGCAGAAGUUCACUCUGGACUGGGCCGAGGGUUUGGAGAACCAGGAUGUGGGUCUGGUGGUUGUGCUUUCGUUCAGGGAGCUGAACCUGAUCAAAGAUGAGCAGUACAGUCUUCUCAAGCUGCUCCAUGUGUUCCAUCCAACAUUGCAGAAGGUCCCAGCAGAGGAGCUCUCUGGCUGGAAGGUUCUGUUCAUCUUUGAUGGUCUGGAUGAAAGCAGACUGGCUUUGGAUUUCAUCAACAAUGAGGUUGUGUGUGAUGUCACCCAGGAGGCAUCGGUCAACGUGCUGCUGACGAACCUCAUCGAGGGGAACCUGCUUCCCUCGGCUCUCGUCUGGAUAACUUCCAGACCUGCAGCAGCCAAUCAGAUCCCUCCUACUCGUGUUGACAGGCUAACAGAAGUACGAGGCUUCACCGACCCGCAGAAGGACGAGUACUUCAGGAGGAGAUUCAGUGAUGCAGAGCUGUGCAGCACCAUCAUCUCACACAUCAAGACAUCCAGGAGCCUCCACAUCAUGUGUCUGAUCCCAGUCUUCUGCUGGAUCACUGCCACAGUGCUGGACCACAUGUGGACUACAGGCCAGGGAGGACAGCUGCCCAAGACCCUGACCGACAUGUACUCACACUUCCUGCUGGUCCAGACAAAGAAGAAGAAGCAGAAGUAUCAUGAGGGACACGAGACGAGUCCUCAGGAGCUGAUGGAGGCUGACGGGGAAGUUCUCCUGAAGCUGGGGAGGCUCGCGUUUGAACAUCUGGAGAAAGGAAACAUCAUGUUCUACCAAGAAGACCUGGAGCAGUGUGGUCUAGAUGUCACAGAGGCCUCAGUGUUCUCAGGAGUCUGUACAGAGAUCUUCAGAGGAGAGAGUGUGAUCUUUGGUAAAACUGUCUACUGCUUUGUUCACCUGAGUGUUCAAGAGUUCCUGGCUGCCGUCUACAUGUUCCACUGUUUCACACACAGGAAGACAGAGGUACUGGAGGCUUUUCUGGGGAGGAAAGUGAGCAACCCACCCCUGAAAAGCUCUCAGUCUCCUGAUGAUCAUAAUUAUGACCAAGAUGAUCAGGAUGAUCGAUAUGAUCAAGAUGAUUUUGAUGAUCUAUAUGAUAACAUUGAUCAAGAUGAUCAGGAUGAUCGAUAUGAUCAAGAUGAUUUUGAUGAUCUAUAUGAUAACAUUGAUCAAGAUGAUCAAGAUGAUCAAGAUGAUCAAGAUGAUUCUGAUGAUCAGGAUGAUCAAGAUGAUCAAGAUGAUCAAGAUGAUUCUGAUGAUCAAGAUGAUCAAGAUGAUUCUGAUGAUCAAGAUGAUUCUGAUGAUCAAGAUGAUCAAGAUGAUUCUGAUGAUCAAGAUGAUUCUGAUGAUCAAGAUGAUCAAGAUGAUUCUGAUGAUCAAGAUGAUCAGGAUGAUCAAGAUGAUUCUGAUGAUCAAGAUGAUUCUGAUGAUCAAGAUGAUUCUGAUGAUCAGGAUGAUCAAGAUGAUUCUGAUGAUCAGGAUGAUCAAGAUGAUCAAGAUGAUUCUGAUGAUCAGGAUGAUCAGGAUGAUCAAGAUGAUCAAGAUGAUCAAGAUGAUCAGGAUGAUCAAGAUGAUCAGGAUGAUCAGGAUGAUCAAGAUGAUCAAGAUGAUCAAGAUGAUCAGGAUGAUCAGGGUGUUUCGGUUAACUAUGACACAAUCUCAUCUCUGGAUGACUUGUUGACGAGAGCCAUGGAAAAAUCCAUGAAAAGUAAAAAUGGCCACUUGGACCUGUUAGUCCGCUUCCUUCAUGGCCUCUCUCUAAAGUCCAACCAGAGACUCUUAGGAGGCCUGCUGGGUCAGACAGACAACCGUCCAGAAACCAUCCAGAGAGCCAUCAACAACCUGAAGAAGAAGAGCAUGGACCAGAUCUCUCCUGACAGAAGCAUCAACAUCUUCCACUGUCUGAUGGAGAUGAAUGACCACUCAGUGCAUCAAGAGAUCCAGGAGUUCCUGAAGUCAGGGAGCAAAUCCAACAAGGAACUCUCCGAGAUCCACUGCUCAGCUCUGGCCCACAUGCUGCAGAUGUCAGAGGGGGUCCUGGGUGAGUUGGACCUGAGGAAGUACAACACAUCAGAGGAGGGACGACUGAGACUGAUUCCAGCUGUGAGGAACUGCAGAAAGGCUCGACUUCAAAGCUGUGGACUUUCAGACACUCACUGUGAAGUUGUGGCCUCAGCUCUGAAGUUCAAUCCCUCCCAUCUAAAAGAACUGGACAUGAGCAACAACAGCCUGCAGGACUUAGGAGUGAAGCUGCUGUCUGCUGGACUGGAGAGUCCAAACUGUAGACUGGAGACUCUGAGAUUGAGUUACUGCAGCUUGACAGUUGAAGGCUGUUCUUCUCUGGGAUCAGCUCUGAAGUCAAACCCCUCCAGUCUGAGAGAACUGGAUCUGAGCUUCAACCACAAGCUGCAGGAUUCAGGAGUGAAGCUGCUGAGUGGUUUUCUGGAGAGUCCACAUUGUAGACUGGAGACUCUGAGAUUGAGUUACUGCAGCUUGACAGUUGAAGGCUGUUCUUCUCUGGGAUCAGCUCUGAAGUCAAACCCCUCCAGUCUGAGAGAACUGGAUCUGAGAGGAAACCAGCUGCAGGAUUCAGGAGUGAAGCUGCUGAGUGGUUUUCUGGAGAGUCCACAUUGUAGUCUGGAGACUCUGAGACUGAAAGACUGCAGCUUGACAGAGGAAGGCUGUUCUUCUCUGGGAUCAGCUCUGAAGUCAAACCCCUCCAGUCUGAGACAACUGGAUCUGAGAGGAAACCAGCUGCAGGAUUCAGGAGUGAAGCUGCUGAGUGGUUUUCUGGAGAGUCCACGUUGUAGACUGGAGACUCUGAGGUGGAAGUGAUCAGCUGGAGAUGCUAGUGAGCAUUCUCUGUGGGACCAGUCAUGAGGAAGAUGCCGGGUCAUUUAGAUUCUGUAUUGUUAGGGUCCUCGUGACGACUUCGUAUUUCGAGGAAUUAUUAUUAUUAUUUUCUAGCAAUGAGUGUGUUUUGGGGGCUUUACCAAAAGUUGUUAAAUUUGACAAAAAGGGCAAUGAAAUGCUCCUAUUCAGAUUUUCAGCCAUCUUGAAUUUUGUAAAAAAAACACGUUUUUGCAUCUCAUUGUUUUUAGAGGAUAUGGACCAAUGAACUUCUAAGGGGUGUGGCCUAAUAUCUAAAGACACAUAACUUCCAAAUCACUCGGGCUAUCUUCACCAGAUUGCUAUCCUAUAUCCACAUCCCUAAACGCACACUAAUUUCUUCAUAAUAUUUAAACAUGAGGGGGCGCUGCAAUCAACCGCUCAAUAUCUGCAUUCUUUGCCUUUUUUCACGUCUUGGGGAGUUGUAAAAGAACGACUUCCUCCUAGAGAUUAAACCCGAUUCAUUCCAAAGUCGGGCAGUGUGAUCUUGAGUGUGAAAACUUAUCAAAAGAUUAAAAGAAUAUUAAACUAUGUGCGUUCUGAGCAACGGCAAAGAAACACCAUUCGCCAUGAAAAUGUAACUUGUUUUAACUCGGCCAUACAUUAUGUAAUCUGCUCCAUAUUACUCAUAUGUCAUGACACACUGACCCUGAAGACAUCCACAUGUCUAGUCAUAGCGCCACCUAGUGGCAACAGUAGGUUACAUGUUUUCUACUCUUAAACCCUUCUCCUCACAGAUUAAUCCGAUCCCUCUCAGAAUGUGUCAGAAUAGACUUCAGACCUUGAUGAUGCUUCGCUGUGAAGGUCGUAUGGACUCGUUGAAGGGCGGCGAGUUGGAGCAUCGGAGAAGUCUGAUCCUUCACCGUGACCGAAUACACCGAUGUAACUCGACUCCACAUCAUCAGAUCCAUCCCAGAUGUCACAUGAUUCCACAUGUGCGAUGAGACUCCAGGCCUGAAGACAUGUGCUCUCUAAUUUUGUAAUUAUAGUUGUAGCGCCACCUACUGGUAACAGGAAGUAAAAUGUUCUAUACUUUGGCUAGCUCCUCUUAGUAGGUAAAUCAGAUCAACAUCAAAUGUGUUCCACACAAACGUAGGACUUUCAUGAUACCAGCACACAAAGCAUUUUGUUUUGUGUAACACUGUUGCCGUGGCAACCUAUUAAACAACGAAAGGGCUUUGGAGGGACUAAACAUUCGAAUUGUAGCUUAACUUAGCACACACAUUUAAAGUGCAAGAUGUAGUUACCUGAUAUGACUUUAAUGCUUCAAAAUGGCAAUUCGGCUCAAUAGCGCCCCCUAAAAAUAUACAUUUAAGGAGCCCCAGCACUACGUUUGACCUACAUGUAUGAAACAAAGAAGUGGUAGGCAUAUGUAACACAUGUAAACUGAAAAUAAAGUCUCUUGGGACCAUA